GGCCCAGAUGAGACUGGCCAGGCGGUUUAAUUAUCCAUCGCUGCCCAUAGUAUAUUUCAAGUCACCUCCUUGCGAGCUACGUGACGUGGAAAAGGCACAGAGCAUCAGCCAUGAUGGGCAUUUUGAGUAAGGCAACGUUCAACCUGCUCUACCGAGAUCAGAGGAAGAAAAUCGCUCGGUUUCAUCGCAAUACCACACCUGACUCUGUUCUUUCAGACCUGCACACCUGCCUCGUUCGGGAAGCAAUCACCCCCAUCACACCGCAAGCCGUCUUCUACGCGUCUAGCAUCCAGGACUCGCCCCAGGAGCAGCCUUAUUGGACGAAAAAGAGUUUCAAAAAUCAUCUUGCCAGAACCCAUCCGGACACGGACAUCCCAGAUGUAGCUAUUAAUGUCCUGUGGUCUUGCUUCUACUUCUACGCGUAUUACCCGUUUCCGCUCCCCGGGGCGGCCGACAAAAAGCUGGAGCUGCCAGCCUUUGAGCGUGGAUUGAUCCUGCUGUCUCUCCAAGGCACGAGACUCCUCGGAGUCCUAGAUUGUGAGUUAGGUCGCUCCUGGGGGCGGUACAAGGAGCUAUGUAACUGCAGAUUCAGGGUUAAUCGGAUUUUCCGAAGCAUCAGCCCGGUCAAUCGUCAGUCAAGUUCAGAUCCACAAGUCGCUGGUUUUGAGUCCUGCAUCACCGACGAUGUGAUAGAUGCUAUAUUUCCAAUAUUCCCUUUCCACCCACUGCUGUGCCCAUCCCUUGAACAGCUAAAGCCGCUGAGCGAACGUUUAGUCCAAGGGAGAACAGACCAAUAUCAGACGAAGGUCAACGACUUGGCUGCUUUACUCUGCCUGGUAAUGAGGCUAGAAGUCCAUAAAGUGACCUGGGGCCGAGACUUUCAUUAUGCCUCCUUCGAGGAAUCUAGUCCGGAGAAGGAAGAGUUGGCUGAUAUUCUAGCCCGGUCAUUCUGCCGUGGUUUGGACGAGUACCUGCCCCCCGACUUAGUAGUCCGGGGUUUGGAUAUCUUGCCAAAUCUCGAGCAAUCGUUUCAUCAGCUGUGGGCAACCAUCUUUCAACCUUGCACGUCCACAGGGAUCCCAAACCUGGAAACUGUAACCUCCCCCGACACCACAAUGGACGGAAUUCUUCGCUCAGUAUCGUUAUUUAUUCCUCCUUUUGAGGCCCAUAAAAGAGAUGAAACAGCACGCAAGGUCAAGAUGAUCACUUUUCAAAAGUACUAUGACACAACAUUUCAGGGCUCGACAGACAGCCUUGAUUUAGGUCAUAUACUCUCGCCAAUUUCUCACGACAACCCGAACCGUCAGUCGCACCUUGUUCUUUUCCUGGGACAUCAAGCCCAGGACUCGACAAGGGUAGUUGUGGGGGCAUUCUUCCCCAGCUGUCCGCCGACCCCUGCUGCGAAAGAGGAAAAGGAGCCGGAAAAACCAGGCAACUCGAGAAUCGCACUUCCACGGCUUCUAUUCCAGCUUCAGCCAAGCUUCAGUCUGUUUCGAUGGAACGGAGAGGACGACAUGUCUUCCUCUCAAGCAUACAACAGUGCCACAUGGCAUACCGAUCACCCCGAUUGCAUAGGGGAUUCCAAACGAUCGAGGGUGGGAGUGAAGAUUGACCCCGUCACAAGACAGGCUACCUUUCUGCGAGGCACAGCGACUGCCGCCAAUCGAAUGUCAGGCGGGUAUGAAGAGGUAACCAGGAAGUAUCCCGGGACUGAGAGCAUUGAUGGGGAUCAGCAAGAGCCAAAAACAGACUUCACAGUGACCCGUAUUGCCACAUUUAAUGUGGAAGGUGGACCAGAUUACAAUAUCGAAAAGCCUUGGUGAUUCGGGCAAGAUUAU